AUGUUAGAUUUUUAUAAAGUGAGGGAUGGUAUGUAUAGAAUAGAACAUUUAUUCAAUUUAAUCAAGAGAAAAUAUGUAAUAUAUAUAUAUACUAACUUGUAUAAGGUGAAUAAAACUCAAUUAAAGAAUCAAUUUUGUGAAUUAACAACAACUUCAUUAUCAACUGCAACUAAAUAUUUAGAAGCAAGUAAUUAUGAUUUAACAAGAUCUAUUGAAUUAUAUUAUGAUAAACAAGCAGAAAAAGAAUUAAAUAAUAAUAAUAAAUUAAAUAAAUCAACUACAACAACGAUAAAUUCAAAAUUAAAUAAAAUUUAUGAUAAAUAUAAAGAUUCUUUAAAUCCUAAUCAAAUAGAUAUUGAAGGUACAUUAAAAUAUCUUGAAGAUUUAGAUAUUGAUCCUGAUGAUCCAAAAGCUUUAUCAUUAGCAUUUUUAUUAAAUUCACCAAAACUUGGAAUAUUUAAAAAAGAUGAUUUCUUAACAAUUUGGCAAUAUUAUAAAGUUUAUGAUUUAUUGAUGAUGAAAGUUUUUAUAAAAAAUUUUUAUAAUGAUAUACUACACAAUAAAAAUAAUUAUAUUGAUUUAAAAACAAAUCAAACAAUAAAUUUUAAAAAAUUUUAUGAUUUUACAUUUAAAUUUUUAAUUGAAACAGAAAAUCAAAAAGUUUUAAAUAUUGAAUUGGCAACAGAAUAUUGGAAAUUAUUAUUACCUUUAGUUAUUAGUGUACAUAAUGAAACUGAAUCAAAUUUAAAUAAAGAUAAAAUUGAAGAAAGAAUUAAUCAAUGGUAUGAAUUUUUAAUUAAAUUUGAUCAAAGAAAAAUUAUUACUUUUGAUACUUGGUCAAUGUUUUAUCAAUUUUUAAUUGAAAUUAUAAUUAAUGAUCCAAUAAAUUUAUCAAAAUAUGAUGAAAUGGCUGCUUGGCCAAGUAAAAUUGAUGAAUAUAUGGAAUAUUUGAAUGAGAAUGAAUUAAUUUAG